AUGGAAUCAUUUCGUUGCUCGGUUGUCUUAUUACAACCCUCAUUAUCUGAUCUACCGCCCAAUACAUUAUUUUUACUCCAAUCAGUAUUCCGUACAGUCCAAACCUAUUCUGAUGUUGGAGAAGCAAUCGAAUGGAUCCAGUGCCAGUCAAUACCAACUUUAUUACUGGUCGAUCUUGACACAAUAGCCUCUCCUGUUGCUUGGAUCAAUCACACCCGCCAUGAGCUCAAAGAGCUUGUUAAUCGAGUUCCUAUUAUUGUCUAUUCUUCGACCGAAUCCUCCGAAUUUAUGAUUGACUGUAUCAAUGCCGGUGCUGCUGAUUAUCUAUUAAAGCCGCUCCGUCCAGAAGUGAUCAAGACUCUAUUCUUACGACUAUAUUCAUUCCAUCCCGGAAAAAGCCGAGAUGAAAUCACCCCACCAAUACCUGUCUGCGAUCGUAUCAAGCAAAUGUUUGCAAAAGAUGAAGAGUUGAUCAAGGCUAUUGUAGAAAGACAUGCACCUCGGGUUACUCAAAGCAAUUACCACAAACUGUCAAAUGAACGCACGGUGUUUCUGAAACAACUUAUUUCUAGCUGGGAUUUCUGUCCUCUUGAUCUUGAACAGAAUGACUUGAUUUAUUGCGUGGUCUUGAUAUUUGAACAAGUGUUUUUAUUACCAGAACUAUCCCAAGCACCAGUUACUCAAGCUCAACUCUACCAUUUUAUUCUCGAUCUCUCAAGGGCCUAUCACGACCAGAACCCUUACCACAACUUUGCCCACGCAGUCGAUGUCCUACAGUGUACCUAUUACAUGCUCUGUACACUAGGUGUUCUGUCCUUUGCAGACACUUGCUCACAGCCAAACGAUCGCAAGAGUAGCAAUAGUAGCAAUACAUGGCCUCAAUCUUUACUUAGAACCAAAGAUGUCUAUGCGCUAUUGAUUGCAGCCAUUGGUCACGAUGCUGCUCAUCCUGGUGUCAAUAACCUAUUCAUGAUAAAUUCUGAUACACCAUUAGCCUUGCUUUACAAUGAUUGCUCAGUUUUAGAGAGCUUUCAUGCAAUGACAUUGUUUCAAGUUAUCAAGAGACAUGGGUUUGAUAAAUUUGCAGGAGGAGUAGGAUCAUCUGAAUACCAAGAAUUCAGAAAGAGAGUAGUUACAAGUAUUCUGGCUACUGACAUGGCACAUCAUGGUGAUUAUGUGAUCAAGAUAAAAGAACAAGCGACUCGCCUACGUACGACCUUGUUCCAUGAAAUGUGCGAGGCAGAGUGUGAAAAAGAACGCUUGUUGUUGUGUAGUGCUAUUAUCAAAUGUGCUGACAUUAGUAACGUCGCACGUCCUUACACACAGGCUGCAAAGUGGGCAGAACUUUUGGUAGAAGAAUUUGCUUGUCAAGGUGAUCUGGAACGUGAACUGGGGAUGCCUGUACUGCCUCUGAAUGAUCGAGACAAGAUUGUACUAGAGGAUUCCCAAAUUGGGUUCAUUCGCUAUGUUACUCUGGAUUUGUUUUCAAGUGUAGCAGAUGUAAUGCAAGAAAUAUCCUUUGCAGUAGACCAUAUGCAACGCAAUCUUAAAAGAUGGGAGAUCCGUAAGAAUGCACUGCAUGAUUCUGGAGUGUCCAGUCUAGGAGACAUAUAUGAAUCAGAGGCUAAAGGAGUACUCCAGGAAAUGGAGUAUACAAGAGCACCGAAUUCUGGGCAGCUCUUGCGCCUGUCAAUGGAGAGUCAGACAAAUGAUGGAUUGUUUAAACUACCUUCGAUGCCUGCAAUGGCAAUGUCUGACUAUGGAAACCAUGGGAUGGCCAAUACGAAACCCUACCACAUCAACCAAUCCCAAGAAGAUCCCAUGUUGGACAACUGGACAAAUACUACAGGAAGUAGAGGAGGUCCAGCACUCUGUCAAUGUACCAUACAGUAA